CGUUGCGCCAUUUUGGAUUUGAAUUCUUUUCAGUCAAACCGUUCGUCGGGAAGGACUAUAGCCAUGGCCAAGACAAGUGACAAGAAAGGAAAGAGCGCAAUCAAUGAAGUGGUGACCCGCGAGUACACCGUAAACCUUCACAGGCGUCUCCAUGGUGUAGGAUUCAAAAAGAAGGCACCACGUGCCAUCAAAGAGCUUAAAAUGUUCGCUGAGAAACAGAUGGGAACACCUGAUGUACGAAUUGAUACUCGUCUUAACAAACAACUUUGGUCUAAGGGUAUCAGAAAUGUACCAUUCCGAGUACGUGUACGUCUGAGCAGAAGACGUAACGACGAUGAGGACUCAGCAAACAAAUUGUACACUCUCGUAACUUACAUACCAGUUGCCUCAUUCAAAGGUCUCCAAACAGAAAAUGUUGAUGCAAGUCAAGAUUAAUUUAUUUUGUUUUAACAUUAAUUGAAGCUAAACAAAAUAAAAUAAAAUAAUAAAUUAUUCUGACUGUC